UUCAGCUGCAUCUUGUGGAGCUCAGAGCAUUGGGACUACAAAUUCAGUGGGAGUACCGUUGAGGAAAUCCAUCCCCAUUUUUUUCUGCUUUGGACACACACGGACGAUAACGGAUUACUGCCACUCCUAACGUUAACGGACAACGGCCACUCCGAUCGAAUUUCUUUCAGUCGUCUGGAGUGAAGUUUUACGCCCUGAAAAGUCACGUAGAAAAUUAUGAGAGGACCUUAACAACAGCUUUGAGGAAACGCUUGAAUACGUUAAAUACGCGAACGUGAAAUGUGGAGAUUCGACCUUAGAAAUCCUUGACUGAAGUCGUCACUUGAAAGAUUGCUCUCCAUGCAAUGCACGCUGGAUGUCCACACAGCCAAGGAGGAGCCUCCCCUGCAUUCCAACACAAGAGUAAUGCUUAUGCUAUUACAUCACAUCAGGACAACAAUGUUAAACCUGCACCAGUGGGCCACCCUGACAAUGGAAUGCAAAUCAACAUGGUAGCCUCUCAAUAUCCUGAGGGGGUCAGAGUGGUUUCAGCUCAGAGGCAGCAAGACAACGCACAACCACGUCAAAAUUUCCAGGGACUCCAACACCAACAGAAGUCACAAGGAAGCAUAGCAAGCACUAGAUUCCAGCACCCAAAUUCCACGGACAUUGCAUGUACUGUUCUGAACAGUGGUCCUGACUUUAAUUCAUUACCACAUGCCGCUGCACAAUGCAGCAGUUAUUUUGAGACAUCUGAUAAGGAAUACUCAGUGAGACAGUCUGGUGAUAAUAGUGGACAACGAAGGGAAUGUUCAAAGCAAAAUUUUAGUAGACAUUUCCUGAAUGGUUCGAAUUUGAACAAUAAUACUAAUCUGCAGCAAAUACAACAUUUAAACAGUGCCUUUUCAGCUGGUACCAGUUCUGCAGCACAUCAGGGAGAUGCCCUUGGAGUCACAGCACAGACAUUUCCUUUGCAAAUUCAUCGUUCUUCUCUACCUAAUAACAAACUGCAGAAAUCUUGCCCACUGCUAUAUUCCUUACUGAAAGAUUGUGGAGAUUCAAAAUUUUUGUAUGCCACUCCGUCUUCUUCGUCAGGGCAAACUAAUGCCAACGUUGAACUCAAUACUAGUGCUCAUUUUUCAAGUGAAGUGCCCUGCAAGAGUCAGCAGGUGAAAAGUUCACUAAACGCUCUAAACUUUGGACAGAUUACAACUCAAAACUUAUUGCCAGUUGGAAAAACAGGACCACCUACAGAUGAUCAAAUACAGGACUUCAUUACAGAAAAGCUAAAAUAUUUUAUAACAGUUUCACCUCGGGAAGAAGGAAAAGAUGGACACAAGAGUUUUCACAUUAAUAACAGCGCCUCCAUUCUCCAGUCUGACCGCAACACACCAAAAUCCAACAAUGUUGACCAGUCCCACCACCCCAUAACCUCUACCUCCAACAAAGAAGAGAGACUCAGUGUCAGCUGUGGAUCAGCAAUUCAAGAGAACAGUUCAAAGGGCAGCAAAGCAAAUGCUGAGUUACCUGCCAAAUCCAAAGACAAAGGUGAUUGUUCUACAGUUGCUUCAGAGAACUUUUCAACAGAAUAUCCACAGAUUAUGGCGAAAGUUGCUGCCACCUGCACAAAGAGUGAAGAUAAAAGUCCAUUGGUUCUGACAAUGUCGGAAAUGACUUUGGAUGGGCUGACUGAGAAGGACCCUAGCUUAUUGCUCAACAGCAGCUUGUCAAAAGAAGAGGAAAAGUCUCUUUGGUUGAAUAUUAACAAGGAUUUGCACACGACAGAGAAGGACAAAGGAGAUACAGAUCUAAAACCAAUGGAGGCAGUAGGGUUGGACAAUGUGCGAGGUGUGACCGUCUCUGAGGAUCUUCAAACCAAGUCAAGUUCAGUGGUAACUGGAUUUGAAACACUUGUACUCACAUCACUCAAUGAAAAUCAAGACACAUAUACAGACAAAAACAAAAACUCUGAAGCUCAACAUUGUCAUAUUACCUGUCAGAAAGUAAUUAGACAUUCCAAGCUAAAUUCAUCAGUUGAUCAAAUUCAGAUCCAUAAUGUAAUAUCAGUUCCUACAGGCCAAAGUGAAUGGCUGUGGAAACAAACAAGCCAUGGAGGUGUGAUGGAGGAUCCAGGAUCUGUACGUUCACAACUCCAAGAGCCGCACCUAUUACCUGAAAGCAAGAGUGAGGAAGCAGACUCUGUGGAAAUUUUGAAAGAUCCACAAUAUGAAGACAUUUCAGAUGAUGAAGACAUGUCACAGCUGUUGACCAACCUCCCAAACACAGAGCAUGAGCAAUUAAACUUCCCACCAUGUUUUGAAGAGCGCCAGUAUGAAGAUAUAAGUGAAGAUGAUAAUCAACAGAUUGUGAGUUUGGCUGUGGAAACACCUUCACUUACACAAGUACAAAUACCUGAAACUGACAAUAAGCAGUCACCAUUUGAAAAUGAAGACUAUGGAUGUGUUCGGGGUCAAGCUCAGAUAGAGACAGAAAACAUUUCAGAUGAGAGACUGAUUGCAAAGAAGCAGAUUUUACCAAAGACGGGAACACUGGAUGUACCACAACAAUGCUCUUGUGCAUAUUUUGGUGACACUGAUUAUCUAUUAUGUCCGAAAUGUGACGGUGAGAGAUGUCUGAGAUGGGAAACAUACCACUCUUUUUCAUAUAGUACUUCCUCUGUUUUGAAAGAUGGAGAUGGGACUGACAAUGAGAUGGAUGAUGACUAUAUAGUUAUACCUAUAAGCAUGUCAGACAUUAAAUUUGAACCAGAGGAAGAAGCCCAGGAUAUCACUGAAAACGUUGUCCUAGAUGAUGAUGAAACUAGAGACAAAGACAGGCACAGUGACACAAAUGCAACACACUGUGAGUUAUAUUGUCCAGUUCCAAAACCAGUACGAGCUUCUGCGUCUUACAAACUGGAGGUUUUUGACACAAUUAAGAGCUUUCUAAGGGCAAAAGCUGUACAGUAUGGGACAGUUUUGUUAGCAUUAGGCAGGAGCACACCUGAACAUGAACUGGACUCUGAGCAAGAACAACAUACACCUCAGAACAGGAGAGAGUCCAGCUCUGAGUCCGAAGACAGCUGGGAAACGGAAGACAGUUGUGAUUACUCAUCUGCAUCAGAACAAAACUACAUGACAGUGUCUGACCAUUUGUUAAAAAAGAGGUCCGCACAUCUGCCUCCAGAGACCAAUGAUACCAAGUCUGAAAAAGAGAGUGAACUUGAUGAGGCUACAAAUGUGCAAAAAGGUCAAACCAGCAGCUCUAGCAAGUUGGGCUGUAUGCAAAAACCUACAGAGCUAAUAGUAGCCCAAGCUGACUCACAGCAUGUCAAACCCAAGACCAACAUACAGAUUUCAAAAAAGGAAAACAUAAUAAUUAUUGAUUCUGAAACGGAGGAUGAAAGUGACCAACACUGUGAAAUGGAGGCAAAAGGGAAGAGAUUAGUGUUUAAAAAAAACAGACUGCCAUCUGCAGCCUCACCAGCACCACAGCGCCAGCUUAAACUUAAUGACGAAGUGGUACAUGAUGCAGACUCUGACUUGUCACACAGCACAGAAACAAGUGGGCAGCUGAUUGAAACCAAAACUGACUCUGAGUAUGUUCUACAUGAAAAAAAAUCUUCAAAAGAUGUAAUAAUCCUUGAUUCUGACACAGACGAUGAUAGUGACAAAAACUACAAUAAGGCAAGCAGAGGGAGAUUAUUCCCUUCAGGUUUAUGGGACAGUGACAGUGUGCAAUUAAUUCAACAAAUGAGACCUUCACCGGAGACUGUGGACAGCGAUUGUGGAACUGCUGAAGAAAAGCUCCAAGAAGUGAGAUUGUCUUCUGCAGACUCAUCAGUACCGCAGUACCAGUCUAAACUUAAUGGUGCACAGUUGAAAGAAGUGAUGCACAAUACAUCCUCUGACCUGUCCCUCAGUAUAAAAAAGGGUGGACAUCGGAUGGAGGCUAAGGGUGACUCUGAGUAUGGUCAACAGAAGUCCAACAGACAAACGACCUCAAAAAGAAGAAAAGUUCUCCAUGAUUCUGACAAAGUGGUCAAAAAAGACAAUCAGAUCAGCAAAAAGGAGGAAUUGAGAGAGAAAACACUCUCAUCAGUUGCAAAAGACAGUGGUGAUACCUUAUUUGCUAUACAAAAAAGACAUUUAAGUGAAUCUGUGAACAGUCUUUGUGGAGUUGCCAACAACAAGCUUCAAAAGACUGUAUUUUCAUCUGAUGACUCACCAGAGAAGCAGCUCCAGUCUGUGCACAAGGAGGCAGACUCCACCUUAAGCCCAAAUCCUGUGAUUCAUCGCCUUUUAGUUAAGAAGUCGUAUCAAACCUGCAAUUACUUGAAACUUUCAAAAGAAGUCCACAGGCAGGGUAAAGCUGAAACUCCGAACACCAAAGACUGCCAAAGGUCUCCAAAGACCCCCACAGCAGCCAGAAAAAAGAUGGACCCCUGUGAAAAGAAUACAAAGCGUUCACAAAGAGAUGAACAAGAAAAACUUGUGCCCAAACCAAAACCUGCAAAUAGACACUGUGGAACAAAGAAUAAGGUUCAAGCCAACGUGACAAAACCCGGACUGGUUUCAAGACAACUGUCGUUACCUUGCCUGGAAGGCCCAUCCACCUCCACCGAUAGCUUAAAUUCCACAAGUGGACAAAUUCCUGAAGCCAGGCGAAGCUCAGAGUUGUCACAGUCUGGAGAAACCAGUACCUUUUCUAGUCCUUCUAAAACUAUGCAGAGCACAUCAGUUCCAAGACAUUUGUCUUCAUCCAAACUAAAGUGUUGUCACUCUUAUAGCAACCCCUCAACAUCAGAUCAUCCUAGCAUAACUACCAAAGGCCCAUUAUCCUCUGCACCUGUGCAAUCAUCAGCAUGGGAACAAGUGAGAAAAGACUGGAAGAAGAGCUAUGUCGCCAUCAGGAGGGACAGAAAAACUAGCAUGGGGACAGAGGAGGCUUUGAGAACCACAAAUUAUGAAUCAAGGAGGAAACUGAGGCCAGGACCUAGUCACUGCGAGAAGGCUCCCACACAGAGGCACAACUCCCUCGAGUCUGCAGCUCCCCUGCUGAAGAGGUCCAAGUUUGAAGCCAGAGAGUUGACAAAGGCGAGAAAUCGAGACAUCAUAAGGGAACAAAGAUACUUCAUGAGUGAAGGUAGCAAGUGGUCAGAGAUGCCAAGAGAGGCAAGGCCAAUGGAAGGUUCUGUCAGGGAGAGGAAGUGGUAUAGAUCCCCUCGAAGAUCCUUUCAAUGAGAACAAAGUGCCAGUUCCUACGACUCAUGUUCCAAAGGACAGUUUAUUGUUGUAACUGUUUCACUGUUUCUGUCUUUAAUCUUCCAAAGCAUUUCUGUAUAGUACAUUGACAGUCUGUCAUACCUGUGUGUGUGUGUGCGUGCGUGCGUGCGUGCGUGCGUGCGUGCGUGCGUGCGCGCCGUUGGUGUUGUCAUUGUCAACUGUUCUUUUGAACAGCUACCUCCAAAUUGAAAAAAAUUCAUAUAAUUAAAUGUUUUUCCUCUGAAUACAGAAAUUGAAAUAUGUCAGAUAUUUUAAACCAUUUCUGUCCUUUUUAUAUAAAAAAAAAGAACUACAGAUAGAUGCACAGUAUAUAAUCAUAUCCUUCACCACUUUUAAAUGUUUGUUUUUGUACUCAGCUGUGAGGAAAUGUCAUUAAAAAAAACUUCAAUGACUUCCUAUCUGUUUGGUUCAUGUGUU